AUGACAUCGAAAGACUUUGACAUGGACCCCAAGGUUGAGCAUGACGAGAGCCAUCUGGAAGUUGAAGCAGAACGCCAACGGCAUCUCACAAAGACUCUGCUCUUCAAAGUCGACACUAGGGUCCUGCCGCUUUUGGCUUUACUGUUUCUCUGUUCCUUUCUCGAUCGAACCAACGUCGGCAACGCAAAGAUUAUUGGCCUAGCCGAGGACCUUGGCAUCAGCAACAACCAAUACAACCAAGGCUUGGCCGUCUUCUAUGCGACAUACAUCGCGAGGUAA